UUCUUAAGGCGCGCGCGCGCGCGAGCGCCGCCGCGCUCAUGCGCACGAGCCGAUCAGCCCGCGUGGGCGGAAGUGCGGAGCCGCUUCGCGAAGUGAGGGCUGCCGCGCUCGUUGUGGGUGGGCGAGCGGCCGACAUGGCGCCCUCUGGGAGUCUCAGGAUCCCCGUGGCAGUGCUGCUGCUGUUGCUUUGGGGGGCUUCCUGGACCCACGGGCGGCGGAGCGACGUGCGGAUCAUCACGGACGAGAACUGGAGAGAGUUGCUGGAAGGAGAGUGGAUGAUAGAAUUUUAUGCUCCAUGGUGUCCUGCUUGUCAGAAUCUUCAACCAGAAUGGGAAAGUUUUGCCGAAUGGGGAGAAGAUCUUGAGGUUAAUGUUGCAAAAGUAGAUGUCACAGAGCAGCCAGGACUAAGCGGACGAUUUAUCAUAAGUGCUCUUCCUACUGUUUAUCAUUGUAAAAAUGGUGAAUUUAGGCGUUAUCAGGGCCCAAGGACUAAGAAGGACUUCAUAAACUUUAUAAGUGAAAAAGAGUGGAAGAGUAUUGAACCUGUUUCAUCAUGGGUUGGUCCAGGUUCUGUUUUGAUGAGUAGUAUGUCAGCACUCUUUCAGCUGUCUAUGUGGAUCAGGACUUACCAUAACUAUUUUAUUGAAGACCUUGGAUUACCGGUUUGGGGAUCAUAUACAGUGUUUGCUUUAGCAACUCUGCUUUCGGGACUAUUAUUAGGACUUUGCAUGAUAUUUGUGGCAGAUUGCCUUUGUCCUUCAAAAAGGCGCAGACCACAGCCAUACCCUUCCAAAAAAUUAUUACUAGAAUCUUCUCAACCUCUGAAAAAAGUGGAGGAAGAACAAGAGGCUGAUGAAGAAGAUGUUUCAGAAGAGGAACCUGAAAGCAAAGAAGGAAUAAACACAGACUUUGCACAAAAUGCCAUAAGACAACGUUCUGUGGCUCCUUCAUUGGCCACAGAUAAAUCUAGUUAAUUUGUACAAGUAUAUUCAUAUGAUUUUGACAAAAACAGAAGAUUGAUCAUUUCUUUUGGUUUGAAGUGAACUGUGACUUGCUUGUACAUUGCAGGGUUCAGUCUAGAUUGUCAUUAGGUUGAACAGUCUACCUUCAGAAAAUAAAAGUAGCAUUAUUUGAAAAAUCAGGAUUUGAGAACAGUAUGUGGUUCAAACAGUUGUUUAAUUUUUGAAAAAUCUGGUGCCAAGCAAUAAGAUUUCUGUAUGUUUGUUUCAUAAUAACCUUUUCAAGUCUGAGUUGAAAAAUUACAUUUCCCAAGUAUUGCAUUAUUGAGGUAUUUAAGGAGAUUACUUUAGAGAAAAAGAUUUCUCAUUUGAUAUAAUUUUUCUCAGUUUCACUGUGUGAAAAAAAGAACAUAUUUCCCAUAAAUGGGAACUUUGCCCAUUGUCUCAAGAAAUGUGUAUUUCAGUGACAACUGUGAGGUCCUUUUAGAGGUAAAUUCCAAAAUUUAGUCAUAGCUUUAGAGUAUGCAACUAAUAAAAGCUACCUUACUUUAGUUACAGUUUUCUACAUAUGAUAAUACAGGAUAUGUUUAGGAAGAUUUUAUAAGCCCAUGGUGUUGUCUUGAUUCCUAUAAAAGGUUGGUUGCCUUUUUGUUCUCCUCUGUUCAGUGUAUGAUUUGUAUUUUUCUUACCAUGAGUUACAUUUUUCAUUUUCCAAAUUGGAUAAUUUCCUGGAAAUGUUUUUCAUGUUUUAAUAAAUUGUUUUAAACUGAAGUUUACUGAGGAAUCCUUAAAAGUGAAGAGGCAUCUACUGAUAAUUUAAAAUCUUGGCUACUUGUUUCAGAUUUUACAUCAUUCUUGUUGAACCUCUACUUGAACUUUUUUUGGAUGUGAAGGUGAACAUUCCUGAUUUUUAUUUGAUUUUGUGGAAAAGCCUUGGUAUUUUACAUUUUGAAAAUUCACAGAAGCUUAAUUUGAUAUAAAGUUAGCAUUCUACUCAGGAAAAAGCAUCUUGUAGUGUAUGUUUUCAAUGUAUAUUUGUCCUCAUACAGAAAGUUCUUAAUUGAUUUUACAAAGUCAAUGUAUGCCUGAUGUCUUAAACUCAUAAAAGGCUUAUGUUUUUGAAAAGACAGACUCAGUAUUCUACUGUACUUUCUGUUGUGUGGUAUUUCACAGGUGGGUACCAGCAAGGUGGGACAUUUAAUAUAUUUUUACUCCUUGAAGAGUUUAAGAGUUUUCACCUUACAGCAAAAGAGGGGGUGGGCGGACGUGUGCGGCAGCAGUAGAAAACUGUGUUAGCUACAAGAAGGGGAAAAAGCAUAAAUAUUUAGAAUGGAUCACCUCUCCAUUAUGGUAAUAGACAAUUUCUGUAAUGUCCCCUUUCAUCUAGGUUCUGCUGCUGUGUGAAUCCAUUAGACUUACAAUAUCAUAAUGUACAACAGUUUUCUUUAAAGGCCUCUCCUUUAGAAUAUUAAAUAUUCUACCAUUGAAGAGUUUGGAUGUGUAAUUUUGUGAUGCUUUAGAAAAAUAAGCACAAAAUAAACUUUUCUAAGCACUUCA